AUGACUAGAUUGGCACAUGAAUUUGCCAUGAAGGACCUUGAUCCUCUCAGUUUCUUCCUUGGUAUAUCGGUUACUUGCGACAAAAAUUCUAUGUUUCUGUCCCAGCAUGCAUACGCCGCCGAAAUAGUUGAACAUCCAGGUAUGUCCUCAUGUCGCCCGGUUCACACUCCCGUGGACACUCACGUAAAAUUAAGUGCCACCGGGGGUGACCCAUUCCACGAUCCUACUCUUUAUCGGAGUCUUGCUGGAGCCCUUCAGUAUUUAACCUUUACAAGACCCGACAUAAGCUAUGCAGUACAACAAAUAUGCAUACACAUGCACGCACCAACUACCGUACACUGGGAAGCUCUCAAACGCAUCAUUCGGUACAUUCAGAGAACUCAAUCAUAUGGACUCACACUUGGCCCUUCUACUGACCCGCGUCUUCUUGCUUAUAGGGAUGCCGAUUGGGCCGGCUGCCCCGAUACCCACCGUUCCACCAGUGGAUACUGCGUGUACUAUGGUGAUAAUCUCAUCUCCUGGUCCUCCAAGCGUCAAGCCACCAUCUCUCGCUCUAGUGCGGAAGCUGAAUACCGAGGGUAG